CGGACGUUGCAGAAUCCAUCAUCAUUAUCGUCAAAAGAAUGGAACAACAUGGCGGUUCUAGCUCACAAAAACGUCACGCAGUGUGCAUACCUUAUCCAGCACAAGGCCACAUCAACCCAAUGUUGAAACUAGCCAAGCUCCUCCACGCCAGAGGCUUCCACGUCACUUUCGUCAACACCGACUACAACCACCGCCGUAUCCUCCGAUCACGUGGCCCUCACGCUCUCGACGGUCUCCACUCGUUUCGCUUCGAAACUAUCCCCGAUGGUCUUCCUUGGACCGACGUCGACUCUAAGCAAGAUAUGCUCAAGCUUAUAGACUCCACUAUUAACAACUGUUUAGCUCCACUUAAAGAACUCAUCCUCCGGUUAAACUCCGGUUCUGAUAUACCACCGGUUAGUUGUAUCGUCUCCGACGCUUCAAUGAGCUUCACAAUUGACGCGGCGGAGGAACUUAAGAUUCCAGUGGUUCUCCUCUGGACAAACAGUGCUACUGCUUUAAUCUUGUAUCUCCAUUAUCAAAAACUCAUCGAGAAAGAGAUAAUUCCUCUCAAAGAUUCGAGUGACUUGAAGAAGCAUUUAGAGACGGAGAUUGAUUGGAUACCGUCGAUGAAGAAGAUUAAGCUUAAGGAUUUUCCAGAUUUCGUCACCACGACGGAUCCUCAAGAUCCGAUGAUUAGUUUCAUCCUCCAUGUAACCGGAAGAAUCAAACGAGCUUCUGCGAUUUUCAUCAACACUUUCGAUAACCUCGAGCAUAACGUUCUCUUAUCUCUGCGAUCUCUUCUUCCUCAGAUCUACUCCGUUGGACCGCUCCAGAUGCUAGAGCACCGUGAAAUCGAUAAGAACAGCGAAAUCGGAAGAUUGGGAUCGAAUCUAUGGGAAGAAGAGACGGAAUCUUUGGAUUGGCUUGACACGAAGGCUGAGAAAACUGUUCUUUACGUUAACUUUGGGAGUCUAACGGUUUUGACGAGAGAUCAGAUCUUAGAGUUUGCUUGGGGUUUAGCGAGGAGCGGGAAAGAGUUUCUUUGGGUGGUGAGAUCUGGUAUGGUCGACGGAGAUGAUUCGAUUCUUCCGGCGGAGUUUUUAUCGGAGACGGAGAAUCGAGGAUUGUUGAUCAGAGGAUGGUGUUCUCAGGAGAAGGAGGUAAAGAGGGAGAGAGUGGAGGCGGUGGUCAAAGAUCUCAUGGACGGAGAGAAGGGAAUGAGAUUAAGAGAGAAGGUGGUGGAGUGGCGGUGCACGGCGGAAGAAGCUUCGGCGCCACCGUUGGGAUCAUCGUACGUGAAUUUUGAAACGGUGGUUAACAAAGUUCUAACAGGUCACGAUUAGAUCGACUUAAUUGGGCUUUACGUAUCGAAAGGCCCACUAGAAUUGUUCCCAAUAUCAUUUGGGCUGGCUUUAAUCACAAUUGUAAAAGUAUUUGCAAGUUGCAAUUAUCUAUACAGUAGAUCAGUAGUGUCUUCUCACUUUGGAUCAUAUAAUUAUAUGUGUAUAUCCAUAUUGAAACUCCCAAGAAAAUAAGAGGAUAUAAAGGAUCAUAUAGCAU